UCCAUGCCAGGAGGAGGCGACUCACUACACAGAGGGCCUCGCUGCAUCUGCUCGCCUCAUUUUUCCACCAUUAUGAAGUCACAAUCCACACUGGCCGCCAUCACAGCUAGCUCAGAGGAAAUCAGUCUGUCCAGCCUGUCAGGGGAAGAGGAGGGGAAGGUGGGUGAGGAGGAAGGACUACGUCUGCGCUCAAGGGACCACCGACACAAGCACAAGAAGAAGCACAAGAGGCACUCACACAAGCACAAGCACCGCCACAAGUCCUCCUCCAGGAAAGAAAGAAGACACAAGAAGCACCGCAGCAAACACCGCCACAAAGACUCUGAGAGUGACAGCGCUGAGUCCAAUGAGGUCGACCUGGAGCUCAUUGAUGACUUGCUGGAGAAAAGCCUCAAACCAGAAGACUCUGCAGCUGCCAGCGCUGACACCCCAGCCCAGGCCAGGGAUGUGGAGAUAUUGCGGGCGUCUGCGGGUAACGGCAUUGUGGAGUCGAUGAAGAUUGUCGUCAAUAACCGCAAUGGAAGCAAGGAACAGCCGGUCACAGUGUCCAGCAGCGAGGAGGACAUGGGGGGCAUGGAGCUUGGCGUGAGCAAUGACGAGAAUUCCCGGGAAACCUCACGUCGGGCGGAGGAGUUCUGUCUUGACUCCUCGGACUUCCUGCACAUUGACGAGGACCUCAACUUGGAGGAACUAAUGAAGCAGAAGGCGGCUCUUCAGGCAUGUCUUGGGGCGUACAUGAGUGACGUGGAGGAGGAGGAACCAGCGCCACCUGCAGCAGCAGUGACAACCACUACAAAGGCAGCACAGGAGCCCUCAGCAGCUCCCCAAAAAGCCCCCGCACCAGUCCCAGCCGUGGAGAAGAAGCCGCCCCAGGAGGUGUUUACUAUUGAAGACUCUGAUGAUGCGGAGCCUAAGCGGAAGGAAAGGAAGAAGGAGAGGGAGUCCAGGCCCAAAAAACGGAAGCGAAGCAGGUCUAGAGGAGAGGCGGAGGAGAAGGAUAAAAAGGUACGGAGGGAGAGAGACAGACGAGACAGGGACAGGAAGGAAGAAGGAGGCACCAGGAGGGAACACCGGAGGGACAGAGACAAGGGCGCUGGCCAUGAGAGGACGAGGUUGGUGGUGGACGAGCAGAAGGACAGGAGUCGGGAGAAGAGCCGAGAGAGGAAGGAGAAGGAGCGGCAGAUGAGGGAGAAGCUGCAGAAGGAGCAGGAGAAGAGAGAGAGAGAGUGGCAGGAGCGAGAGGAACGGAGGAAGAGGGAAUGGGAGAAGAGGAUGGAGGAGAGGAAGGAGAGAGAGCGGCAGCGGGAGGAGAGAAUCAAGGAAAGGGCGGACAGCAGGGACAGAGAUCGGGACCGUCGGCGUGAUGAUAACCACCGGGACAGAGACAGAGACAGGGACAGGGACAGGGACCGCGACAGAGACAGAGAUCGCGACAGAGACAAGAAGCAGGAUCUUGAUUACAGUAGGAACCGGGAGAUCGACCGUGAGAGGGAGAGGCAAAAGGAACUCAUCUUUGGGAAGGCCAAAGAGUCCUCCUCAGACUCAGAUGCUGAAGACAUUGACUUUGAUGAUGAGGAGGAAGAGGAGGAGCAGAAGAUCGAGCGCAUGAGAAAGCAGAGGGAGCAGUUGUACAAGAAACUUGGCCUGGAGAGGGACUCAUCACAGGUCACGCCAGCGAGCAGCGGGUUUCCUUCCGCCACCAACACCCCGAGGGACUCCCCUGCACCCCCCUCCAGACCUCCAUCACUUGCCAGAUCAACAACAGAUGCCCUUGCUACCUCCAGCCCAGCCAGGUCAAGGUCAGGUUCCCCAAGGUCACAGUCACAAGCCUCCUCCAGCAGAAGCAGCAGCAGAAGCAGAGAUGGAGAAGACAAAGAGGAUGAAGAAGAGAAGGAGAGGAAAGGAGAAGCAGCAGCAGCAGCAGCAGCAACAGCAGCAGGCACUAGAAGCAACAGCAACAGCAACAGCCUUGGGCACAGCAGGAAUGGUAGCAGUGAAGAGGAUAAGGAGAACCAGAAGCAGCAAGACAGUGACAAUAAAACAGAGUCCAAGGAAGACACCAACAGUAACAAGGAUGAAGAGGAUAUGCCAGAAAAAGAUAAGGGCAAAAAGGACAUGUUUUCAGAUAUGUUUGGAGAGAACUUUGCCGUGGACAAGCUUGGCGACAUUCACCAGGGGGCUGCAGAGAACCCUAACCUCAAUGACAACUGGGAUGAUGCAGAGGGCUACUACAGAGUGAGGAUUGGUGAAGCGCUGGACACAAGGUACACAGUCUUUGGGUACACUGGGCAAGGUGUGUUCAGCAACGUGGUGCGGGCGAGGGACGCAGCGCGGGGAAGCCUGGACGUGGCCAUCAAGAUCAUCAGGAACAAUGAGGUCAUGCAUAAAACUGGAAAGAGGGAAUUGAACAUCCUCAAGACCCUGAAUGAUGCCGACCCGGACGACAAGUACCACUGUCUGCGACUGUUCCGGCACUUCUUCCACAAGAACCACCUGUGCAUGGUGUUCGAGCCCCUCUCCAUGUCGCUGAGGGAGGUGCUGAAAAAGUAUGGGAAGGACGUUGGUCUGCAUGUGAAGGCAGUGCGAUCCUACACCCACCAGCUAUUCUGCGCACUGAAGCUGCUUCGCAAGUGUAACAUCCUCCACGCUGAUGUGAAACCUGACAACAUUCUGGUGAAUGAGAAGAAGCUGGUGCUGAAACUCUGUGAUUUUGGUUCUGCCUCGAAGGUCACUGAAAAUGAGAUCACACCGUACCUGGUGGCCAGGUUUUACAGAGCCCCUGAGAUCAUUUUAGGAAUAACAUAUGAUUUUGGGAUUGAUCUUUGGUCUGCUGCGUGCACCAUAUAUGAACUCUACACAGGCAAGAUCAUGUUCCCUGGGAAAACCAACAACCAGAUGCUCAAGUUGUUCAUGGAUCUGAAGGGGAAGAUGCCAAACAAGGUGAUCAGAAAAGGAGCCUUCAAGGACCAGCACUUUGAUGUCAAUUGUAACUUCCUUUACCGGGAUGUGGACAAGGUCACGGAGCGGGAAAAGAUUGUGGUCAUGGCCACCAUCAACCCAACACGCAACCUUCAGCACGAAAUGCUGGGUGAUGGGAACCUGCCUGAGGACCAUGCCCGCAAGGUGUCACAGCUGAAGGACCUUCUUGAGCGUUGCCUCAUGCUGGACCCCGUCAAGCGUGCCACCAUCGACAACUGCCUCAUGCACCCCUUCAUUCGGGAGAAGAUGUGAGCACUGCAGUCAAUGGGUUCAAGGAUUGAGGGUGCUGGCCAAGGUUGCUAUGCCAGUUUAUUUAUUACAAGUGCAGAGAGUUAGAACUAGCCAGUGAGUGGAUCAAGGGUAGUUGUCCUCCAUGAGAGGGUCCUCGUCUUUGUUCAUUAUUUUUAUACUGAGCUGCCACUAGAGGGCACUGAUUUACAAUUGUCAUUCACCUCACAACCACAAAGGUUGUGAACUCACCAAUCAUACUCAAGGAUAAUAACCGAGUCACUGCUGCCUUGCCUGUCCAGGGGCCCAUCAAGCAGAUGGGUCAAGUAUCCAAACACUACCUCGGCCAAGGCUUGAAUUAGAUGCAGCGUGAUGGACAACAAAUGAAGUCUAUUCAUGGUAUGUGGCUUAAGUAUGGCAAAGAAAAGGCAAAGCUUAAUAUGUGAAUGGAAAUGUAUGUGUGGAUGUGUAAGUGCAUAUAUUUGUGUGUUUACAGAUAUAUUUAUAAUCUUUUAUGCAGUUGGAUGCAGGUCAGAUUGCAUUUAUGUGAGUAAUUAAAGAAAAGAGAGUGUUGAAUUUUUAUCUAU